GAUAACAACAACCCUAGUUUGUUUGGUAGCUGCUGCUAGUGGGGUUUGGUUUCGUUUUUAUUUAUUAUAAAUCAGUUACCACAGUUUAGUUGCAAGUUUAAACAGCCGCCAGCCGCAUCAAGCUUCAGUCAUAGUCGUACUCGCGCUCUUAACUCUACACAUUUUAAUUAUGGUCAGGCGGGCAUUCUAAAGUACAAAAAAAUAACAAACCACAACAACAACAUCGAAAGCGAAACCGUGAGAAACGCCAGCUGCUGCUUGCUGCGUGUGCUGUGUGCCAGGAUACAACUACUUGGAGAAGAAAAUAUAAAAAUAGAAACACAAACAAAGUACAAGUGCAAGUGCAAGUAGUGCCAAACUGUUAAACAAGUUGCCAAAAUAAAAAAGAAAUUAAUAACCGACAAGGAAUACAAAUAAAUUGAAGUCUAUUUAAACAGCAUGUGCUUAAAUGAAGAGCUACAGCCAAUUUAAUUUAAACGCCGUUGCCGCCGCACCGCCCGCCAUUGUCUACGAGAACGCAGCCGCAGCAGCAGCCGGCAACAAUAGCAACACCGUGGACCACAGUCAGCUGCACAGCCACAGCCAGGAUAUGCCGCACUUUGGACUGGGCAGUGCGCCGCCGCCGCAACAGCAGCUACAAGUGCAUCAUCAACAACAACAACAACAACAACAACAGCAACAACAACAAAUGCAGCUAUCUAUGCUGCCGGUUGCUGUGCCAGGUCCAUACCGGUCGCACAUUGAGGAAAAGAAGCUGACGCGUGAUGCCAUGGAGAAAUAUAUGCGCGAGCGCAACGACAUGGUCAUCGUCAUAUUGCACGCCAAGGUCGCACAAAAAUCCUAUGGCAAUGAGAAGCGUUUCUUUUGCCCUCCACCGUGCAUUUAUCUGUUUGGCAGCGGCUGGCGACGGCGCUACGAGGAGAUGCUGCAGCAGGGCGAGAGCGAGCAGGGAGCACAGCUAUGCGCGUUCAUUGGCAUUGGCAGUAGCGAUCAGGAUAUGCAGCAGCUGGAUCUCAAUGGCAAACAGUAUUGUGCGGCCAAGACGCUGUUCAUAUCCGAUUCGGAUAAGCGCAAACAUUUCAUGUUAUCUGUUAAGAUGUUCUAUGGCAAUGGCCACGACAUUGGCGUGUUCAAUUCGAAGCGCAUCAAGGUCAUCUCGAAGCCGUCCAAAAAGAAGCAAUCGCUGAAAAAUGCCGAUCUGUGCAUAGCCAGCGGCACCAAUGUCGCCCUGUUCAAUCGCCUGCGCUCCCAAACUGUCUCCACACGCUAUUUGCACGUGGAGAAUGGACAUUUUCACGCCUCGUCAACGCAAUGGGGCGCCUUUACGAUACAUCUGCUCGAUGACAAUGAGUCCGAGUCGGAGGAGUUUCAAGUGCGCGACGGCUAUAUCCACUAUGGUGCGACAGUUAAGCUGGUCUGCUCUGUGACGGGCAUGGCCCUGCCGCGUCUAAUCAUACGCAAAGUGGACAAACAGAUGGCACUGCUGGAGGCAGAUGAUCCGGUGUCGCAACUGCAUAAGUGCGCCUUCUAUAUGAAGGAUACGGAUCGUAUGUAUCUAUGCCUCUCCCAGGAGAAGAUCAUACAAUUUCAGGCCACGCCGUGUCCCAAAGAGCCGAACAAGGAGAUGAUCAACGAUGGCGCCUGCUGGACAAUCAUAUCCACCGACAAAGCUGAAUAUCAAUUCUACGAGGGCAUGGGUCCAGUGGCAUCUCCGGUAACGCCUGUGCCAAUUGUUAACUCACUAAACUUGAAUGGCGGCGGCGAUGUGGCUAUGUUGGAACUGAGUGGCGACAAUUUCACGCCGCACUUGCAGGUCUGGUUCGGCGAUGUCGAAGCGGAGACCAUGUAUCGCUGCACGGAAACGCUUCUCUGUGUAGUGCCUGAAAUCUCACAGUUUCGCGGCGAAUGGCUUUGGGUGCGACAGCCGACUCAGGUGCCUAUAUCAUUGGUGCGCAAUGAUGGCAUCAUUUAUGCCACUGGUCUAACAUUCACCUAUACGCCGGAGCCUGGGCCGCGUUCGCAUUGUAAUCAGGCUGAGGAUGUUAUGCGUACGCGUCACAAUAACAAUAACAUCACAGGCAUCAGUAACAAUAACAAUAACAAUAGCAACAGCAAUAAUAAUAACAACAAUAACAACAACAGCAGUAAUUCACCAGCUAGCGGUUCCAGUUUACAGCAGAGCAUGCAACAGCAAACGCAUCAAACACUGCCCUCGAUCUCAGCAGUGCAGUGGAAUAGCCAUGGGAGCGGCUUGUCUUGAGUGCGGCAGUAUUUCUAUUAUUUGCAAUUCCAUAUACAUUUAUUUAUGCCAAGUUAUUUAAAGCUCUUCUAGCACACAUUUAUAUCUAGUUAUUAAGCGAAUACACAGCACAUCUCUCUGUCAUUUAUUUCUGUUGCUUAUUCUUGUUACUGAAAAAGCGAUCGCCUUGAAUGCAAAACGAACAAAUCGAAUGAAAAUCAAUUUCAAGUUGACCAAUAUUUACAUUUUUUUGUAGUGCUAGCCGGUACCAAUAGAUGUAUGUAUAAAUGCUAAAAACUAACGAAAACAUAAUUGUACAUAACUCGAAAGAGCUCACUGACAUGAAGAAUUGUAACUGUAACUCUAGUUAAAUAUACAUUUAUAUAUAUAGUAUAUAGAAGAUUGAUGUAUAUGCUGGGCCUAUGCGCUGUGCCUGACUAAUUGUUUAUGUCAAAUGUUUGCGACAUUUUAAUUUAUAAAUCUUUAUAUGGCAAACACUUAAGAAUUGUUCACGCUUAAUUCACUUAAGCUAAGCUCUACAUAAGCCCAGCUCUAGACCACAUAUAUAUAGAUUUAUAUACAAAGCAUAUAAUUUUGUAAGAUAACUGAAUGAUGAAAGUUGUAAGCCUAAGAGAAACCCUAACUUUAAAUAAAAAUACAAGAACAAACAUUAACAAUGUCAGUCAACACCAAGAAAAAAAAC